AUGCAAGCCACUGAGAUUGAAGAGCAAAUAUUACAUCAGAAGGCUAAGGUUGAGUGGUUGAAACAUGGGGAUGGUAACACAACCUAUUUUCAUGCAACUGUUAGGGGAGAAAAUAGAAUCACUGGCAUAUACAACCUGGAGGAUUCGAAUGGCAGAAGGUUGAGUAAUCAACCUGAUAUUGAGAAUGAAGUUAUUCAUUUUUAUGAGAAUUUGAUUGGAAAAUCUACUAGCCAGCUGAAGCACGUGGAUAUCACUGUACUCAGGAAUGGAACUCAACUUGAGGACAAGGAUAGAGACACGUUAGUUCAGCCAAUAACGGACCAGGAAAUUUGGAAAGAACUUGGAAGUAUUGGUGAUACCAAAGCCCCGGGAGUUGAUGGUUUCUCUGAGAAAUUUUUCAAGGCUGCUUGGAAUGUGGUCGGAGGAGAUGUAAAAAGAGCUAUUCAUGAUUUUUUUUUCUCAGGAAAGGAUGCACCCUGCCAUUAA